AUGCCGAAGGGAAAAGACAGCUACUACGCAGUCGCUAACGGUCGCCAGCCCGGCGUCUAUAAGUCCUGGGACUCGGCCAAGGCGCAGACGAACGGCUACUCUUACAACCAGCACCAGCGGUUCGACACGCAGGCCGAGGCCAACGCCUACAUGGCUGGCUACAACGGUGGCACGGGCAAGGCCGGAAACCCGCCGCUUCGUGAGUGA